AUGGCUGUGCAGGGGGAGAUGCCCCCCCCUCUGAGCCAGACACAGUGGGAAAAGGUGGUCCUGGGCUUUGACCGUCUGUGCACCACAGCAGGGAGAGGGAGCACGGCGGGGCAGGAGUGUUGUGUGCAGACUGACGGGCUGCAGGGCUUGGCCGUCGGCGAAGCGGUUCAUUUAGCAAGAGACUUUGGCUACGUGUGCGAGACGGAGUUCCCGCAAAGGCCAUCGCCGAAGUACCUGGGAAGGCCACAUGUGGAGCGCAACGACGUCAACUCCCGCAAGAACAUGCUGCUUGCUGCCAAGCAAAUCUGCAAGGAGUUCACUGACCUGCUCUCUCAGGACCGCUCGUCCAUCGGUAACACCAGACCGGCGCCCAUCCUGGAACCCGGAAUUCAAGGCUGCCUGACUCACUUCAGCCUCAUCACUCACGGCUUCGGCUCCCCGGCCAUCUGCGCCGCCAUGACCUCGCUGCAGAACUACCUGAACGAGUCUCUAAAACAAGUGGACAAGAUGUACCUGAGCUCCGGCAGCGACACCCAGGGAUCCUCAGACAGUGGGAGCAAAUCUGCCGACAAAAUAGACAAGCACAGGAAAUGAGAGCUCAGAGGAGAAUCCGUAUGAACUUCAGAGCCCCCGAAUCCCUCACUGCGUGGUCUGCCCCUUUUUUGGACAUUUUUUUAAUAGGAAAAAAAACAAAAAAACGUCAAUAUUAAGUAUUGUCAUUUUGAGAGCUGAAUUGGUACGCAAGUGUGUGUAUGUGUGUGUGUGUGCGUGCGUGUGUGUGUGUGUGCACUCUUGCACUGUAAAUUUCUAUUUUUGAGAAGUUGUGGACUUUCAGCUGAGCCGUUGUUGGCGUCCGCGCUGAACGCCGCCGACCGGUCCUCGAUGGGAGCCCACUCUGUGAAAAUGUAGCGAGCGCCGCGUCAGACCGACCACUAUGCAGUUCAACACGGUCGACGGUGUGGCGACGCUACCGCCAUAGGACCUUCCCUGACAAGCAAGAGGAAAACAAAAUAUACAAAUACAUGUUUUGUUUUGUUUUGUUUUUUCUCCCGAGAGGACAUCAUUUCAAGAUGAGUGGCUGUGAAUUCCUCUGUUCCCCCUCCUGCUCUGUCUGCAGGCAAAUCGAUGAUUUCCUGU